AUCACUUCCAAGAAUUUCUCCUAUGGAUUAACCCUAUAGAAAAUGGACGUCAAGUUUUCAUGAGCUUUGAUGAUUACGUGCUGAGAACCAAGGAGGAGCUGUAAAAGUGUGUGGUGGACAAAUGACCUCAAAGUUGGACAAUCAUGGCCCUGGUGACGUCAUCACUCUUCCUCGCGUUGUCUAUGAUAUUGUCGUCAGAGGGCCAGGACUUGCUGGACCCUUGUUUAUCCUCACAUCGCAUGCAGCAACUGAUGGACAGCGAGUCGAACCUCCUGAAAUUUCUCAAUCAGACUUUCUCAGACCGUGCAAAAUUGUCGGGGGAGAGUCACUAUGAAAAACUGUCCCGCUCAGCGAGCCGUUUUCUUGCCGUCUUGCCAGAGAACAACAAUGACGUAGUGGAUCCUCUGAGAACUUUUCUGGGCAUCAAAAGAUUUUUGAGUUAUUACGGGAAGUUUUUUACUCACAAAAAGGACAAGGAUGUGUUCGGAGCAGUUCAGCGCUCUUUAGAAAAGCAGAAGAUGAAGUAUCCUGACAAAGCAUCACUCGGCUACUCUAUAGACGCCAUCUUGAGACUGAUGACAGCCUACGACCUUGACUUUGACGGCAUGGAAAAUUCGUCUGGGGUUUCUCUGAGCAGCGAAGACAAAAAAAAUAUAAUGCAGAGAGCAAAGGAAUUUGGUUUGGAAGCCAAGGGUUCUGGCAAUGGGAAAAAGUUCAUCGAGCUGGAGGGCUCCGGAGUCAUGGGGAAGAACAAGACGUCACUGCUGCACCACCGCCUCAGUGCUUCGUCUUGGCUGUGGGAUAACCACACGGACACAACUCUGAAUCUGAGCAGACGAGUAGAGGAGAUCACUUCUUUGAGGACUGAAUUCAGGGACCAUGGGACACUAGCUGAACCCUUUCAGAUUGUCAACUACGGGCUGGGAGGUCAUUACUUCCCACACAUGGAUUAUCAUUUGCAACACGUUAUUGACGCUCAGUAUGGUGUUUUGGAGAACAGUGGAGACAGACUGGCGACCUUCAUGUAUUAUUUAUCGGACGUUAAGGAAGGGGGUGCCACUGUGUUUCCCGAGCUCAGCGUCGCCAUUUUCCCAGUAAAACUGUCUGCUGUGUUCUGGUACAACUUCAAGAUAGACGGAGAACGAGACACGAGAACCUUGCACGGCGCCUGCCCUGUUAUGGGCGGACAGAAAUGGAUUGCUACCAAGUGGAUUCGUCAACUCAGCGGGGGAUUAAGCAGUACAUGUGAACUAAGUGAAACGCCCCCGCCUUUCUUCCGGUGAUAUCAAUCAGCUUAUGGCAGUAUUGGCAGUCAAUUAUGCAUGUAAUUACUAUCGCCACCUUCGCAGCGAUUGCUUUUCAAUACAAGUAUCCUGUUUGUGUAUGUGAUUGGGAGUGGCAAAACAUGUCACAGUUUUAGCGUACGCGAUAAUAUAAAAUAACUAGUAAAAGUACCCGUUCUACGAACGGAAUAAUAAUGAAGAAGUAUUAGGAAAGUUAAGAAGAGG